AUGUUUGCCAUGGAUACUGAAAGCGUUCUCAGCAAUCAUCAUCGUCGAAACAAGGAAGGCAAUAAACAAAAUUGGCCUGCAAUUAUUCAAAUAGAAGUACGCUCACAAUCAAUGACAGAUAUCAGAACAAAAAAACGAACAGUUUUAUUAUUUCAAAUAUUCACGUCUUCUAAAAAUGAAGACUAUAAAAUACCAGCUAAAAUGGAAGGUUUAUUAACGAAAAUAUUUGAAUGUGAUAAACAGAAAUUGUUUACUGGUAAUCCAGAAGAAGAAAUGAUAUCUUUAAAAGUACACUAUUCCAAUGAAUUAUUCCAAAGUGGUGUUCUUCGAAAUAUUUAUGAUAUAAGAAGAUUGUAUGAUCAUUAUCAGUGGUAUUUAGAAAUAACAGACAAUAUUGGAACCUUACUAACAUUAACAUUGGGUGCAAGUCCAGUGCCAGGAGCUCUGAUAGGACCUGUAACUGAUGGUGGUGCGAGUGAGUCGUUCUAUGAAUCAUUAAGCCGUAAUCAAAACGCAUGGAGUCUUCGACAAAUGGUUGGAGAUCUAUUCCAGUUACAUUUGAAUAAAUCAUUAACAUGUUCGAAUUGGUCGCGUGAUCGUUUAGAUGCAAAUCAAAUUGAAUACGCCUGUUAUGAUGUUUUAUCAUAUUCGAUAUUUACGACAAAUUAA